GUAGUAUACCGUGAGCGAUUGCCGUAACUAGAUGUUUAACUAAGAACAGCGUCGCGCUGUCAGAAGCUUGUGCUCGCAUCUCGGAUCAAGGGGACGAUGUCCUGCAGACAUGGUAGCAUAGGGAAGUGUGUGCAAAACUCAUUUGACGUUAUAAUUUUAGUUUGUCCGUCAACAUAAAAUGUGCAGUGAUUAGCGAACGAAAGUGAGUGAGAGUGUCGGUCAAGAGAGUGAGACGAAGAGUGUCGUUAAACUUACGGGUCGAGUGUUGCAGGAUUUGUGCACCACCCACAGCCGUAACAAUGACGCAAAGGGUGGGGGUGUUGUCCCCGAGGUGCUUUUAAAGGAAGCGACGCCAAUCAGUAUAAAUACUUGGAUGGUUAGAAAGUUGGGACACAGGGAAAUAAAGUCUUAAAAAUAACAGUUUUGUCUCGAGCCGCUUUUGCCGUAUUAUGUUAUAUAAUUAGAACCUUAAAGGCUCUAGCCUAAUUGGAAGAGAAAUAUUCAGUGGUAACGUAUCGUUCCGCGAAGUUGUCAGAUUUUCGGUGAUGCUGAUUUAUGGCUGAAUCGUGAGCGAUGAUGGAAGAAAAAGUAUUUGUCGGACUAAGGGAGGGUCAAUAUCGAUUCGACCCGAACAGGCCAAGACGUGGGUUGGUAGCAACAUUUUCUAAUCUGUUCCUUACAUGGAAAAAUAAGUUGCGGCUUACAACAGCAACGUUGUGGACAAACUAGCAGUUUCACUCUACUUUGUAUCCUCGUUGUUACUAGCUGAUAGUGUGGAUGAAGAAGAUCAAAUAACGAAACCAGCAGUACCCCAAUCGGAUGUUUGUGUUUGUGUGGCGGAGAGGUUCCUCUCGUAAAGCGGAUAGUGAAUGUGCUCAUGUGAUCAGAAAAUUGCAAUUUGUAUCAACAGUAGAGGCUGACCCAGCGUUGGCUAUUAAAAUGAGUUCAAUCACAAUUUAACAGCAAGCCGGCGCAAAAUGAUAUGAUUUGUUAUAAUACGGCUUUGAACGUCUGUCACCAGUUUCCAGGAUAUCCACGCCCAUAAUUAAAUGUGCAAUGCGAUGGAGACGCAUUAUGAUAGGUACCGCAGUCGGGGUACACUCGGAAAGGUUAAUUUCGUCGCAAAAGGGGUUGAAGUGGAUUUUCAUGAAAAUUGGAAUCAUAUUGCUGGGAAAUUCGAUUUCAACGGAAGGAGCAUUGCAGGUCAUCAAUGCCAGUUGGAGGCACAACCAUGAUUACCCUUUUUAUUGGCCUGCAAAAACCACAUAUUGUUGUGGUGGGUUUAAGUGCGAAGCCGUACCACGAUGAAGAAAAAAGCUUUCGAUUGUGACAGUUGCUGAACGCAAAAAACAACCUAAGGAAUAAAAUUGCCGGCUUCUACCGGUAAACGUAAGCGGGUACCGUUUGUCGUGUUUCCUUCGCAGAAAUUGGUCAUAAGUUCUAUGUUGCGUGUAGUGCAGUGUAGGCACUUGAGUGCCAAUAAUACGGAAAAGUAUAUCAAUCUAACAAGAGAAUGUGUUUCAGUUCAAUAGUUUGCGUCACAGUAUUAUAGGUAGUAUUUGUGAGUGAGGUUCUUUAUGAAUAGCAAGCAACGACGGAUCAAAGUAUCAGAAAUGUUGUUCAUUUUAUUGUCAAUAACACAGUACAGUUUGGACGACUUGUGACAGCACAAAAGUCGCGUUGAUUUUCUUUCUCGAUGUGGUUUUCGAGCUCGUUGAUGUUUUCAUCGAGCACUUCUAGGAUUGUUUAGAGAUCCGAACCAGCGAUACGGUGUUGAAGAUGAAUUUGCAUAAACUGAGUAAACGGCACUCGAUUCAUACGAUGCAGCCGCAACCCGCCCCGGGCAGAUCAGCGGCGACAGACGAGUCAGCAUCCUUCGGAACCGGAGCCAAGCAGCGCAAAAAGGGAAAAUUUCGGCUCAAGGAACGCUCCUCGUCGUCGGUGCGAGAACGCUUUGUCAACGAUCCGGCUUACACGGAGGACGUUCGCCAUUUGGCUCUUCCGAUGCGCCGGAACAGCGGUCCGGAAAAUGUCGAACCGUCUUCACGCAGCAGCAAGUUUUACACUAUUCCGAAGAAAAAGUCCAACUCCGUUGGUAAGGAUUAUCUCCGUGCUUCGGGAGAGACACCCGCAGGGACCGGUGCACAAGGUUUCGAUAGUCGUGAAUUCUACAGUGUUGAUGCUAGUGAAAUGGCCCGACAGAUGAAGACAGGUGGCGGUGGUGGUGGCCCGGCUGCGGCAAGCGAUCAAUCGUUUAUGCAGGUGAAAGUGCGGAGAAAAAAAUAUAAUUAUCAUAAUAGUUCUGAAAUGCUGCAGUUUAAUGACGAGUCGAGCAGUUCGGAAAACAUGCGACAGAGUAAGAGUUCGGGGACGUUGAACCGACGGGGUCGAAGUUUGGAUCGGAGAGCUGGGGCGGGGACUACAGCGGAGCUUCCAUGGUGGGAGCAGAAUAAGGAGCAAAAAGAGUUUGUCGAUGCGAAACAGUCAACAGAUGGAAGAAGUGAUGGAGCGAGCGAACAAAGCGAGGGGAGAAAUAGAAAUCUGAUACGCAGACAAAAUGCUGCUGAGUACAGCGGGCGUGGAGAGGGUGGUGAUGUUGGUGUUGCUGACGCGGGGGAUGCUUCCGGUACAAUGAUUUCACAGGAAGAAGCAAUUUAUCGGCGGACAGAAAACACUGGUGGGCGCCACUGUUGGGAGGAAGGUGGCGAUGAUUUGAAGGAAAGUAAAAGUAAGUUCCAGAUUGGCAAGCGAUUUCUGAAAGGCGAGAUUGGAAUCAAGAGCUUUAAUUAUUAUUUGCUGAAGGAAGGGUUGAAAUCUUCGAAAAAGAAUUUGCUUAAGCAGAGAUCCGCCCCGGUCGAAGUUGGUGGAAUUGAAGCUGACGUUGAUUUGUCGAAAAGUGAAGAAAACAUUUAUGAGGAAAUUUAUUUCGAGGAUAAGCUUGAUGAUCCAAGCAACGAGAAAAUUCAAUUUGUCGAUUGUGAGCUGUGUGUACAGCAGUGCAGCAAUAGUAGUUGUGACGUAUGCAAUGGACAUAUUUCGACGCAUAAGUUGCAGCAGCAUCACCAUCAUCAUCGGCAGAAGGAGUUAGACCAGCAGAAUGUGUAUGAAAAACUUAAAAAAAUACCCCAGCAACAGCUGCCGGCUGGGUCGCAGUACAAGACAGCUAGAUCUUUAGACAUUGACAGUGCCAACGCCAACGGUACUGGAGCUGGCAAUGUGCUACAGUAUCAAUCGUAUAAUCCUAAUAAUCCAAACAUUUUCAAACUCGAAACAACACCAGUUGCAUUUAGUUGCGACUAUAAUCCUAUCAAGAAAAUUCACUACAAUCCGCAACAGGAUGCUGCCGGUGGGUCUCACAGGCAGCGUUCUCUAUAUCAACAAGCACCGAGCUCAGUCUCUCCUGGUUCAGAUUACUACAAAGAAAUUAAUCGAAAAAAAUCCUCAUCAUCAUCUGACUCGAUACAAGCUCGAAUGCAGAGGGAAUUGUAUCAGCAAGCCAAUUUAUAUUAUUAUCAUAGAAAAAUAGCCACAGGAGAAACGCAAAACCAGGAGCCAAAUCAAGCCUCCAACAUUCACAAAACAAGUUCCAACGCAUCCAUUCUCAGUGAGGCGUCUGCCAGAAGUGAAAAUUCUCUGAAACAGCCUCGCACUGGCAAUAUGUCCGAUUCGUCCCUGGGGGACUCAUUAUUCUCAUACUCGGCGAACCGGCGCUACUUUGGUAGCUCGGAAAGUUGUCGCUUUGCGUCUGAAUGUCGCCGUUGCAGCCUCGAUGUCGACAAAUGUAGCUUCUCGGAUACAUGUCGUUACGACUGUCAGAAUUGCGACUGUUCCUCUAGCUACUUCUCGUCGGACUUUGAUGAUACUGGCCACGGAACCGGUCGAAAAAACAGUUCACGUACUUCCGCAAGCAAUGUUCAAGUCGAUUUGGAUGCUGGAAGUGCGGGCUAUUCAGUGCCGGCUUAUGCGGAAGACUUCAUGAAGCACGUCAGCAAUGUCAAGCGCAAUCAGUUGGGACACCAACUGCGACAACAGAAACACACGCCAAGCGGAAAGAUCUAUGAGAUGCCCACAACCUAUGUAGGUAAUCCGAAAAAGGCACCGGUUCAUUACGAGCACACGUAUGAAAAGCUCAAAUCUAAUCCAUAUGGGAGUAGUGGCUACCAGCGGCAAGCAAUGUAUAAAUGUGAUGAGUAUGUGACGAAACAGUCUAUCAGCCAAAGUCAGGAAACUCUACUAUCUCCAUCGCGUAAUCGAUUGCCUAUGGAAGCCCGCAAUUCUUCUGGACUAACGGGACAUUAUAGAGCUCACACCUCCAACACUCUACCAGCAUCAAUAAGCUGUAGAACCAAAAGCAAUGAAUUUGACAAUCUCUCAAGCUCUAGCCGAAGCAUAGCGGGAACGCUCCCGAAAUCAUUCACUGGCCCGACUACGAAAGCCAUUCUCUCGAAUCUAAACCAUGAUUACGCCGAAAUAAUCCAGCUUCCUUCAACCGAAAACAAAGAAAAAGCAGCCGGCGGGAAGGAGACUGAAACAAAUCAACCUACGACGCGACGCCAAGCGCCUCCCAUACCGCCAAACCCUCCCCUACCGGAGCCCAACGAAGAAAUUGAUCCGAGAUCAAUCACUUCCGGUGGUGGAUUGGGCAAUACUGUCAGCCAGAAUGCCCAGACACCAGCGAUGACAUCUUCGGCACCUUCACAUUAUAGCCCCAGCCGUAGGAACGAAUUUCAACCUCGCAAAGACCGAGCUGAGUUUGAGAAGAGCAAGCGGGGAGCAGCAGCCGCCGUCGCUUCCACCAUACAGGUGGUGGUGCCACCGUCCUCGAUAAAUCAAUCAGUCGCCAGUCGCAAGAAGGACCAGACCAGUUGUCAGAAAGAGAAGGCCAGCAAAAUGAAACAGCAACAGCAGGUAGUGGCGCCUGUGCCAGCGGGGGAUGAAGGCAACUUUACCGACGAUGAGGACGACGAGGUGUUUCUCAGUGAUAAAGUCUACGAGAGGCCAAAUUACCGCACCCGAAAGCCGAAUCCACCUCCGAAUGCGCCUAUUACAGCAGCAAACAAAACUCCGCGAGCCGUCGCCAGUGCCAAGACCGGUACGCGUUACACGGCCCAGCCGCCAUCAUCAACGUUGUCGUCAAUACCAUCAUCGCAAGCUACCGCAACAGCAUCAGUGAUGACUGCGGCGGCAUCGACGGUGACAUCGACGACGACAACGACAAGCGCUCUGCUCCCAGCAUCCAAAGCGUCCGCACCACCGAAAUCACCAAAACAGAGAACCAAACAACCCGAACCCUCGACAACCGCGAAGGCUUCGAGUGCCCUACCAGCUACUAGUCCCAACGGUCGACGGCUCGAUGGUUCGAACGAAAGCGAGAGUUUGCGCAAGCUCCACCAGGCUGCUGCACCGGGGGUUCCACUUGCAUCCGAGAGUGUGAGUGAUUUGGUGAGAAAGAGUGACGAACCGGUCGCACCGGCAGAGCACGUGGAAAUCCGCGGAUAUGGGCCGACGACGACGACGACGACGACGAUGAUGAUGACGAUGGCGACGGCGACCACGACUACGAGGAUCAAAACAAAAUCAUCAGCUCAAGAACUCAGUACCGAUCUUGCCGUCUCGGGUGAAACAGCACAGCAGCCAGCUUCGGGCCGUCGUCUGGCAGCAACGGUUUCCGUCUAUUCGAACAGAUCACCGGAAGAAAAUUCAUCAUCGGUAAACGCUUCGCCAUCGCGCUCUGCAGGCCAUCAUAAGCUACAAAACACACCAACCAGUGAGGAAUCGGCUUCCAUUAAGCAGAGCGAAUCCUCUCAGGAGGUUUCGCAACCAGAUCCGACAAACAGCUUCAAUUCUGUGCCGCAUCCGCCCGCCGCUGGUAAAGAUGAUGCCACGGAUAACACUAACGAGAUUAAAUUAAUCGGCAAUGAUGAAUGCGAUAUUAUAGACUUUCCGCUGCCCGAAAUUCCCGUCAGGCAAGAUCCAACUUCUUCAGAUACGAGCUUUCUGACGGCCACAGACGGAACCGACACUGCCGGUAGCUAUGUCAAAUCGCCCACGUUGACGAGAAAAGAUAAAACCAACGACUGCGAAUCGAAAGAUAAUCAGGAUAACCAAGUAGCUCAGACAAAGGCAAUGCACUAUCGAAACUCGAAUGACAAACCGACAUAUUUGUUCGGUGAAAACUUGAAAAAAAAUGAAAUCUUCCUCAACAAAUCCGGCUGGGUGCAGGUCAGUCAGCCCCCACCACAUCCUUUUGAUCGAAGCGCACGUGCAAAGUCGUACCAGUCGGAUUUGGUGGGCCAGAAUGUGUCCCGAAAGUACAUCGAGUAUGACGAAAGCCGACACGGAAAGGGAAACAAGCUGGAAGAUCUCAUCAACCGAAACGAAGCGCGAAAGCAUCAAGUGCAGAAAAUACAAAGACAAGACAAUGUGACAAUCCUGAAAAUAGAUCCGGAGCAAUCUUCUAGCGGUCGUCCGGUUUGUCUUCCUAUCAAGCGAAACCUAGCGGAUAAUUCUCCCCCUCCGGUGACUCCAAUUCUUUCACCACCGCCAGCCUUUCAAGAUUCCAAAUACAAAAAUCGCCUUAGGGAAAUUAAGCCAGGAACUCACAUUUUUUUAUCGGUAGCCGAUAAUGAAAAUCGCAAUCCAAAGGGGAUGGUUUUCUCCCGUAGCUUCGAGUACGACAAUAGACGCUACACAACAUCCAGUGUCAUCGCAGCUCAGCAGCAAAAACAGAAGCAAUCCUAUGUCGACACGUUUUCGAAGAGUUUUGACUUUGAAUCUACGCUGGCGGCGCCCAUGCCCAAAACGACAGAUCAACCGUUCAUUAGACGCAACAGAUCACCAACCUUUUCCACCCUGACCGGCAACUCACCGAAUUAUCUGACGAAAAAGGAGAAAUCGGGAAACUUGGUCGGAAUUUUAAAAGACAAUUCACCCAUCUUUCCGAAGACGAUUCCAGGCAGCGGUAUCACCAGUUCCGGGCACGAAUUGCUCAAACGAUUUAGCGAUAAGAACAAAUCGCUCGAUUCCCAGUUUAUGUCUUCCAGUACGACAGCAGCCGGUGGACUGAAUCGAUCUCGACGGUCGCAGUUCUCCACCAAAGCCAACUCGACCCACGGUCUGUCAUCGUAUGGUUUCCGGUCGGAUUCCGUUGGUAAUACGCGACUGAAUUCCUGUGAUAGUGGUGCCAGAUCUGAUUACUCCAACGAUGGCGUAGAAGAUGACGAAGAAGAUGCCAGUGAGGAUCAAUCGUCCUCGCUAGCACUGAGCUACAAAUCAUCCACCUCAUACAUAAACCAAAUGAAGAGCAGGUCUCUGCAUGGAAGCUUCGGUUCUGGAAACACCCUAACAGCACACAGCGCACUGAAACCGCAACGAUCUUUGACACCGGAACGUCUGUACGACAACGAGGACUACGGUAGCAUACGAAAUCUCAAAAAGCAGCGUUCACUAACCCCGGAAAAACGUUCGCGAACACCGGAUGAUCGAGUGAAACCCACUCGGAAAGGAGAAAUGAACAGUUCGCAAUCUUCACUGGUGUCGCGACAGAGUUCUGGAUCGCGAAGUAGUACCCUGGAACGACGCUACGACGAAGGAUACUUGCGCAGCUCAAGUAGAAGUUCGUCCAACUCAAGCUACAGUGGGGAUGAAGCUUCCCACCGUCGAAGUCAUCUACGACCUGUAAAUCUUCGAUCGGGCAACGUAGCCGGUGACUACAAAAUACGAAGAUCUAGCCAUCAAUAUUUUGCAGAUUGUUUAUCCUUGCAGUUGUCGGAGCGGUCCCCCAACCGACAGCUGAUGGCUUCCGGCGCUCAAUCGCACAAAGUGGUCGUACGGUUGGGUAAUGUGCCAAAAGAACGACCAACCUAUCCGACAAAUGUACCCCGCCAGUCCAGUCAAUUACUAUCACAAGAGUCAUUUCACGGUUAUCCGAUCUCACCGAGCAACACGAUGGACCGUUUACGGCGGGAGUCGACCAUCCACUCUAUAGAUGUCGAUAAAAGAAAAUCUUUCGACAACAACAACUAUGGAAUGUACGAGCAUGACUUCGACAAGAGCAGGUCAUUCGAUGAAAACUAUGGCCUUGGGAAUGAAAAGCGAGCGUACGUCAGCACGGAAGCUAGAUCAUACAGCCAUGAUCGAGUUUUCGGGUCAACGGGAACCUCCUCGAGCAACGAAUACAGCCAUUCAUCGGCGUCUCGGAACAGAAGUCCACAAUCCUACGGUAGCCGUCUGUACGACCAUGAACUUCAGUACGACAUGAGCCGAAACGCAAUGAACCGUUCACCAAUCAUCAAUUAUGGUCAGCGUCGAGUUCUGUCUCGUUCUCCGAUACCUGGAGCCAGUAAAGUUGGAAUGGGACACUACCCAAACCCAACGGAUCUGUAUUUGAUACGCAAAACGCCUGACUCUGAGUACAACGAUAGAAUAACGCCGGACUUUGGAAAGGACCCUGCACCUCUAGCAGCCGUAGUUGUACCGAAGAAGACUUCACCGUCGGCAGCAGCGGCCUUCAAGGAGGCAGAGCUAGUAAAAAAAUUUUUAUGUGCCACCAAGAACAAGCUAUUGCAAAGAGAGUCACGUAACGUUGUUGUACCUGGGGCCGGAACGCCAACUGCUGGAAGUUGUACCGCUAGUUCCUGUGAUUUUUGGCCACACUGUGGCGUUACGUCGUCGCUAACGGUUGAACAGAAUCAAUUAACGAAGUCGGGUAGUGAUAACUGUUUGAACAGAAGAAGUACACUCGGUGGUGUGGUUGACUGUGAAAGUGGGACUCGUGGGGAAGUGAUAGUAAUCGGGGACGAAGCCGCAACCGGCGGCACUGGGGGUGCUCCAAUGGUUCCGAUCAAAGCUAACAGCUACGGCGGCGUUGGCCACCAUCCACUGAAAAAGCAGAGAAAUAUUGAAAUCAGUGACGGGGAACUAGCGGCGGUUAUCGGCCCUGGACGUCGUUAUUAUUAUCCUGGCGGAGCAACGCCGAACCAGUCAGUCAUUGUGAAAGCCAAUUCAAUCACAUUUCUCGGUGAGCAUGAAAUGCCGAUUACACGAGAUCGUGUUUCGAAGUCGUCCUCCCAUGGUGGAGCUUCCUCAUCGACGACGACGAUUAAUACGCUGCUCGCCAAGCAGCACAGCUCGGGCUCGGUAGCAUCAUGCUCGAGAAGUAAUUAUGCCUCUCUGUCCGAUCAAUUGAGCCAGAAAGCCAAAAUGGCCUGCGGUGGUGCUAACAGUGGGGGUGGCAGUAGCAACAGCAGCGUAAAAAGCAAUAGUAGCAAUUACAAAAUCAAUCGCAGUCCUAGCAACAGAAGCAAUCCUGGCAGCAGCAGCGACCAUCAGCAGCGCCGCACUUCCAAUGUUCUCGUGCACGGCUCAGCGGCGUCGAUGAUGCAGGCUGAUUCCGGGAAUAGCACACGUGACAGAAAAUCGAGAGGUAUCCCACAGAUGCGACCCCGUUCUGCUUCCAUCAAGCGAAAGUUCGAGAUGAAGCUGAAAAGUCGCUCGCUUCCGAAGUCCUUCAUGCGAUACAGCAAUUUGACAUCGGAUGACCUGGAGCUGACAGCAAUUUUUUCAGCAAACUCGCCCCUCCAGCUAAGAGCCGUGUCUAGUCCUUCGCUUACGGAGCCUACGCAACCGACGUCGCCAGUCACGAAGGUGGCUGCCACCGAAGUUAGCUGUAGCAACAAUGGUUCAAACCUGGUGCGAGAUCGAACUGGAUCGCAUCCUCAGCAAAUGAAAGCAACAGGGAAAACAGGACCGAAUAAUCCAGUUUCUGAAAGUGUACUGCAAAAGUUCCGAAAAACCUUCUCCCAGUUUAAGCCAAGUAAAACCGUGAACGGUUCUUAUCCGGCCACUGGUGGAAUAAACAAUAGCAGUAGUAAUAACGUAAACGUUUCGCAACAUUCUCUUCCGUACCAACACGCCGUGGAAAUGAGUGCAGAUAGUGCCACUCAGCAGGAUCGACCGCAGGCUCCGACCCACCAGCCGAACCACCACCGGUUCGGACCUCUAAUAUGGCGCUCGAGCAAGGAACGGCGGAAAACAAAAUCCCACCGACGGGACAAAUGUAACAGCGGUGACUCCGGCAUCCAGGUAGAGUUGGAGCCUGAUGAGCAACUAUUGCCAGAGGGAAUUGAGGGGACGGAAUCGAGUUCAUCACCACGCUCGAACAUUUCGAUUCGGCGGGCAAAUUCAGCCAAAACCAACAGAACUGACGCAGCGUCCUCCAUUCUGAAACACAAAUUGUCACUGAAAAGCAGCAAUAAAGAAAAUGUGGCCAACAUAUCAAGACUCAGUGGUAAAUCGCUGAGUCAACCUUCAGGCUUGGAUUGUGUAGCCGGAGACGAAGAGCUGGAAGCAGCAGACUUGAGCGAAUCAGAUAGUGAUGACACGGUACCGGCUCCCGUUCACCAUACAAGGAUGAACGAUGAACCAGUGUUUGCGGAGGUUCUUUUCUCAUUUCGGCCCGCCGGAUCCCAGGAGCUUGCGCUUGAAAAGGGAGCACUGGUGGAAGUGUUGAAGCGAGAUCCCGGACCAUGGUGGUGGGGUAGAAUAAAAUCAGAUGCUAUUCUGUCUGGUCGACCGGAUGAUGAAGAGAGCUCCGAAUGCGGCUGGUUUCCCAUGGACUUCGUUAAGCUUCUGCCGACCUAUAAUAUGCCAAAACAAAUUAUUAUCAUCAAUAACAAUGAGGGAGGCAGCAGGCUCAGUGCUGGUGUCGGAGGGGGCCUGAGCGAGGGCGAGGUAACGAAAAACUGUGAUAUGGACUCAGCGAAAGGGGACGACGUUGGUGCGGACCCGAUUCCGGCGGGUUCUAACGGGGCCAGCUCUAGUCAGGAACAGACCAAGGAGAACGUUAUCAAGGAACUACUCGAGACUGAGAUAAACUAUGUCAAGCUGCUCAAUUCACUUUGUUUAGGGUUUAUCAAACCGCUACGAGAGCGAGAGGAUAUUUUUCCGGUGGAGAGUGUCAAUUUAAUUUUCGCCAAUCUGGAGAAAAUCUGGCGGUUUCAGCAGACCUUCCUGGAUGCACUCCGAAUAGCUGUACCGAACAAUAGGAUUGGCGAGGUGUUUCUUGAAUAUCAAUCUGCUUUUAUGAUCUAUUCAUCGUACUGCAACUCCUACCCGCGUGCUCUGAUGGAGUUGGAAAAUUAUGCCAACAAUAAAGAAGCGUGCAUCAUACUGGAGAAUUGUCGUCUAGCCCAGAACCUACCAGAGCUGCCGCUAUCCGCCCAUCUGCUGGCACCGAUCCAGCGAAUCUGUCGAUAUCCGCUUCAUCUCAGCGAACUAGUCAAACAUUCGCCUACUCGUAAGGAGCUGCUCCCGUUGCUGAAUUUUCGCAAAUGCACCAAGUCCGAUCUGGAAACGAUGGACUGCCGGGAGGUCUUUGAGCUGGCACUGGCUGCGAUGCGACGCGUCACCGAGAUGGUUAACGAAGGUAAACGUCACAGCGAAUACCUUUCCCGCAUCCAGUCUCGUUUCGAGAACUUCCAAGGACCGUCGAUUAACAUACACAGUACACGGCUGUUUCUGCAAACCGACGCAAUCCGUAUGUCACCCAACCUGUGGAACAACACCUACACACUGUUCCUCUUCGAUCGGCAGCUUAUUUACUGCAAGAAAGACCUGCUGAAACGCACCAACUACAUCUACAAGGGUAGAAUCUUUUUGGACAACUGUCGGAUAUUGAACCUCCCCGAUGGGAAAAUGUUUGGAGUAACGCUUAAAAAUGCCCUGCGCUUAUAUUGUGACACGCGGAAUAAAUGGUUUGAUUUUUGUUUUCGCAGUAGCAGCAGCAAAUUGCGAUUUUUAAAUACUCUUUCCGCCGAGAGGCAGUUUUGCGGGGAAAGUUUAUUCGUUUCCGAACUAGACGGUGCCUGCGUAGAUGAAGAUAACCUGUCAGAUCGGGAAUACUUCCCAUUCACGGAUGAAAAGGACGGAUGCAGCAACACCGAUACGGAAACCAGCAACGAACGGGUGGCGUUUGAUCUUGCGGAUAAUUUACAAUUUUCUUUGCUGGGAACUGGAAUGACACAGAGCGCACGGAGUAGUAGCAAUAGUAGUGUACUGAAGGAAUCUCCCACGAAUGUAGGUGGUAAACAAUCGGGAAACACUCUUCCCAAAAAGUCUCGAAAAUUGACCAAAGACCAGCAACAGCAGCAGCAAGCGGAAUACAGUUCCCAUUCGCUGGGCCGACGGAAACUAGGUAAUUGGUUCCGGAAAGCUAAAAGUACCAACAGUACCCCGUCCCAAAGCCCUACCCAUAACCCGAUGGCUCUUUCGCUAGCUGCCAUCAACAGUAGCCACCACUCCCACCAGCCGUCGGACAGUUCCUCGGCUAGCAGUCCUGGGCUUGGUUACCAACGGACACUAUCUGCCCUACCUUGUUCUUCCGCUGCCAACAACCUGGCGACCACCGGAGUACCGUCAACUACAUCAACCAAAGAGGACGAGGACCGAUUGUUAUUCUAGAAUAUGAAAAAAAGAAAACUGCAACCAACCUAUGUGAGGUAUAGUCACUAUAUAUUAUAUUUAGCUCAAACAAUUAUACUGUACGCACAAGAGCCCCCCAGCCUGAAGAAAUUAUCGAGUUGGACAAACCCGCACACACCGACCAAACUACGCUUUCUUCCUGGUGGUAUGACAGUUGGAAUUUCAAUGGUGAUUUCGAAAAACUAGUAGAAUAUUCAUUGAUAUACAUACCUAAUAUAUGUAAUAGACGAGAAUGUAUUUGAAUAGGAAAGAGCGGAUAGUCGCUGGGGUUGUCUAAAUUUUGCUCUCCGAAACAAGAAAAAAAAAUCAUCCUAAACCACGUACAAAAGUGAGCCCCAUUAUCACUGCUGCACUGAAACUGCUAGUUAAAACUACGUGUUCAUAUUUUGAAUUUAGAACUGUGCUGGCCACAUAAUCAACUAACUAUGAUUCCAAAAUAAUUGAUGUUUGCCACAAGUGCACCACACACUCUAUAUGCAUUUUAAUGUUGAAUCAACUACUAGACAGAAGAUUUUUUUUUUUUUUUUUGACGUAGGACUACGUCUAACCGCACUAUAUCCAGAUACAUUCUGCGGAAACUAAAACCUAAAGGUGUAACGUUGGAAUGAAAGAUUUCAAACGGUGAUACUGAUGUAACCACAUGAUGGAAAACAAUAAUCAGUAUGUCGUUGGAUAGAUAAAAUGAUGGACAAUUUUGUGAUUCCUCAGUUAUCAUUAUCAUUUCAUUGCUAAACAGUGAAAAUUUCAUAAAAGUUUCAAGGUCGAAUUUUCACGAACAAUGUAUCAAUCACAUGCGAGCACGCCUGGCACAGACUUCAUGAGUAGACACCAACUGCCUGCUGUAUAGCAGUGGCAAAAAAAAUUGACAGAAUCUCCCCGUCCCAAUAGGUCUUCUAAUGUUCGCUUCCAUGAGCCUAGACUGAUUUGAUGUCUUGAAGGUGAAGCUUUUUCGGGAAGUUCGUAAUCACCUUCACUAUCAGACAGUUUUACGUUCUGCUGUUAAAAUGUUCUUGAAACUGAUGUCUUGAAGGAAAAGAUGCUGGCACAGGUAACAGUACUGCACCGAGCAAUGUAUGAAUAGACCGCUGGUUACUCGUCGUCUAUCAGUGCAGUAGAACUCGAUAUUCAUUUGUGUGCAGCCAACAGCGUUGCCAGGUCAUUUUUUCAAAAAUCUGGAAAAGGCAAAAUAAAAAUCUGGAAGAAAUCUGGCAGUCAUUUCGUGGGGUGAAAGGUAAAUUUUUCGAAUAAAAGUCUUGGGGUACGCAAAAUUUGAGGUGACAAAAUUGCAAAAUUUCGCGCCAAAAUUGAAGUGAUGACAUUUUUGCGGAACAGAGAAAAUAAAAUCUGGAUAAAAUCUGGAUCAUCAAUGAAAAAUCUGGAUAAUUGGACAUCAAAGCUGUCUACCUGGAUACAUGUUCAAAAAUCUGGAUAAUCCAGCAAAAUCUGGAUACCUGGCAACGCUGGCAGCCAAGCCAAGUGAAGACUACAUUUCCGCUGUCGACGAACAGUGCGGCGUGUUGGGUUAACGCGUAGGUAUCGCUUUGCGAACUGGAACACAAUCGAAUUGCCGUUUGAUUCGUUUGUUUGAAUUGUCUCUCUAUUUCGUAUAGUAGCAAAUAUCAGAAUUCGAUAUGAUCAUUCGGAUGCCGCAAAAUACGCUGCGCCACCGGGGACGUAUUCUGUACGUGUCGGUAGAGGCAGGUAGCAUGGUAUAUAAAUUAGGUUCAUUGUGCAGAUAAAAUGCGUUGUUUAUUUUUGAACUCUACACUGUGUUUUUCUCAUGUCCAUUUUAAAUUUUCUGUGAGUAUACAUUUUUGUUUAAAAACUGUAAACUGUUCACAAGACAAAUAAAUAUUGUUUAAUUUCUACUAAAUCGCACUCAAUUUAGGUCUAUAGAAGCUUGCCUUUUCGCGUAUUGAAGAAAAUUGACUGUGUUAGAAUGAAAGGUAUUCAUCAAUGUUAAAGAGAAUAUUUUUUCUUCUAAAAUAGAGGGCUGCGAAUGAAUAGUCAAAAUACAGACCCAGUUCGAUUUUGCCAAAGACGACACGGCAGAAUUUUCCUGUUGCCAAGAUUGAAACAUGCCAAAAAUGAACGGUUCUCUUUCCAUGUUUUUUUUUCAUAGAUAUUUCCACUAAUGACUAGUUUCAAUUCCAAGUCGUUUGAGGUGUCACUUUAUGAAUUAAGGCUGACGACCUAGAUACUUGAUAUUACUACCCGAGUAAUUAGAGGCUUAGUACUGCUUAGAUCAUGAUCAUUAUAUUACCGGCACAUGUUCCGUUCAUAUUCCAGGAACCGUUUUACCGAUUCCGGUCAUCCGCUUCUGCAACAUAAAGAACCAAAAUACCCUUCUUUUGGAGGAUGUAGAGCUUAAAUUGGUUGAAAUAAUCGAAAAAACUAAGAAAUGUGAUAAUACAUAAUCGCUCGUUUUAGGCACAUGUGUGCCAAAAUCUAACCGUGCUGAAAGUAAAACAAGCUCAAAUCAAAUAGAGCCUCAAAUAUAAAACUAUUGUAGUCCUACGUCAACUAUGCGGUCGUGUCUUGGAUACCACCCUCCUAUUUUUUUGUUUCCAGUCAGCGAGUGUUGUUAUGAAGUCGUAGUUUUGUAUUCCGUCAAAAGUGUGUACAUUGUUGGAUGAUAACAAACUCGUAUUAUUAUUAAAUAAACUUAACAUGCUGUUUCGAGAAUGAAUUUACAACAAAAAAUAAAUGCUAGAGGACACGGAUGUAACAUGAAAUGCUUUGCGACUGAACUGUAGUUAUUAAAUCUUAAGCAGUAAUUUUUGGCGAGUCGCUUCACACGCGACCGAAAAGUAUUCUGCAUCCAGUGGAGUCCCACACUAUGUUUUAGUGGGGUAGCAAGUGAUUGAUAAUAGUUUGUCAAGUAAAUUACAUCUUAAAACAUAUAAUUUAAAGAGUAGCUGUCUUUAUUUAAUAAUACUUCAGAUUCAUUGUAAAAAAUGGAUCUUCAAGAUCUUUCAAUAGGGACAACAAUUGUCACAACUUGAAUGGUGUUAUAAGUCUACUUUAAAUGCUUUCAGCGGGCGAAAACAAAAGAAAAAAUAUUCUCUGGGGUUUGGGACCCAGGUUUUUCCUUUGUUCUGGGACAAUUGCAGGAUGGCUAUCAAUUUUUUAUGGAACGUAACAGUUUUCGUAUUUAUUGCUCACAGAAGGUUUCUUCAGUUAUUUGUUGAAAAUGGCAGCCAUAUCUCAUAUUUUGUACUGCAUCGGGUUAAAUAGAACUCAAAUGACCCACAUUAAUAACACAAAAAUACAUUGAAGUAUAUGAGACCAGAAAUAAAAAGAGUGCAGACUAAAAUUCAAUCGGAAUUGAUUCCAGCUUGAAUUCGGUGUUGAUCUUGCUCUUGCGCUCGGGAAUCAACUGAAAGAUUUCACAAGGAAGCCGUUCAAGAUCGCUAGUGUUAUUUCGCAUUGACUUUACCGACCUGUUCGAUUCUUUUUCUUUGCAGAGUAAUUGUAAAAUCUUUUGAUUGACAUCCAUGUUUUAUCCCGAAUACCACUUCCUCAAUGAUACUUUCAUAAAAACCAUGUAGAAUUGGACAAGUUUUUUUAUGGUCUAAUAUUCUGGGAUACUUUGGAUUUCGAUAGAUGUUUACCAUACCCCUACUUUUUCUUUAAAGUACCUGUGUUCAAAGACUGGUAGCGCUAAAAUCGGAUUUUUUUUUUUUGUAUGAGUUAUAAGUUUACUAUUAUUUUUUGAAAAAAUUGAAAUUGCAAGAAUGCGGAAUGUUUUUUGACUUUAACGAAAAUUUAGUUUAAAAGGCUACGUUGUUAGUUUAAAAGGCUACGUACUGCGAAAUAUUCCCUUUCAGUAACAUUGUCUUAUUUGCCAUAUGUUGUCUAAAAGGAAGAAAAGGAAUGCAUUAUAUAACCGAAAAUCACCAGUAACAUGUAGCUAGAAAAAAAAAAACAAAGCGAAGGAUUGUAUAACAACUACUCAAAAACCAUUACCCUGAUGGAUAUGAUUCCUCAAAGACCAUUUUACCGAAAGAUUUUUCUGGAUUUAUCAAUACUCUGAAAGUUUGUUUUACGAAUAAACUAUUUUCCCGAGAACCACAACGGUAACGUUUUCGCCAAAUGCUCGGUUAUUUUUUUCACGCAAAGUAUUGAGUCUAACCACAGGCAGACGUUUAAGCAAAAACAACAUUGACCGAAAAUUUAUUUAUUGCACUUUUUUAAAUUCUGUUCGAUUCCCACAUUUUUCCGUUAUUUUUUUUCAAUUUUGCAGGGCUAUUUUUGAAUAUUUUGCAUGGUUUAGUUCAGCAUCGUAUUCAGUUUUUUUACUAACAAAGUCCAUUAAAUAUCGCCAAUAAGUAAAUUUUGGCCAUAUUUUUAAGUCAAAGGGUCCAAAACACAUAUAGAAAAAAAUUCCGGUCACAAACUGGAACCUGAAUGCGAAGCGGGAUUUAGGACAGACAUUUACAUGAGAAAAGAUCUUUGAAAUCUUAUCGGAGAGCUGAUAAAUGGAGAAUUUUUUAAAAAUAUGUAUUUUUUUAAAUUUGAGUUAAUUCAAUUUAAAAACAUGACAAAAAUGUCAAUAUUUUUAUAUACUAUGCAUACAAAAGCACACAGGUUUAUUUUUUUUGAAAUUUUCACUUAAAACUAGAAGUGAUUACCUUCAAUUUGAUUCAAAAAUAUCAAAAAUUGAUCAACUGGUUCAAAAGUUAUGAAUUUUUGAAAAUAAAGUACAUCGAAUACAGCCGUUUUUUAUGGUUACCCUAUUUCGGAAUUGGUCACGUAAAGUUCUUCAAUUGUGUUCAAAAUUGCAGGGAUGGAUUUAUGUUGAAAAUAUUCAAACCCGUAUUUUUUUUUUUUUUUUUUUUAAGGGGGGAUUUGUUAGUAGCUUAAGUAUUUAUGAUAAAUAUUAGUAAAUAAUGAGUAUGUGUGUCCAAUCACAAAUGGUGACUUCUCAACACUGUUAGAAAUUUGUAAUUUUAAUUGUUAGGAUUUGUUUGCUUUCGCAAUUAGGACUUAUCAUUCGUAGGGAUUUAAACCUACUUGUCAGAAAAGGGGAAGUAAACUUACAACAAACCUAAUUGCUAACUUAUUGGCUAUAAAGAGAGCUUAUCGUAGCAAUUGAGGAUUGCAACGAUUUUUGUCGAAAAUUGUUAAUAAUUUUAUUUGACAUAGCUUCUAAUGGUUCAACACCAGUAAGUCUAUGUAAUUCGAGUGUACCAAACCAAGGAGGACGCUUCAAAAUCAUUUUCAGAAUUUUAUUCUGAAUCCUUUGGAGCGUUUUCUUCCUUGUUGAACAGCAACUUGGCCAGAUCGGUACAGCAUAAAGCAUUGCUGGUCUAAAAAUUUGUUUGUAAAUCAAAAGUUUGUUCUUUAAACAAAGUUUAGAAUUCCUGUUAAUGAGAGGAUAUAAACAUCUCGUAUAUUUGAUGCACUUGGCUUGUAUACUCUCAAUGUGCUCUUUGAAAAUAAGUUUUUUAUCAUAAAUUAGUCUCAAGUACUUAACCUUGUCGGACCAACUUAAAAUAACCCCAUUCAUCUUGACAACGUGAUUGUUAUUUGGCUUGAGGAAAGAAGCCCUAGGCUUAUGCGGUAAAAUUAUAAUUUGAGUUUUAGAAGCAUUGGGAGAGAUUUUCCACUUUUGCAAGUAGGAAGAAAAAAUAUCUAAACUUUUCUGCAAUCGACUGCAUAUGACACGAAGACUUUUUCCUUUUACGGAAAUGCUUGUGUCAUCGCAGAACAAUGACUUUGUGCAUCCUGGAGGCAAAUCAGGAAGAUCUGAAGUGAAUAUGUUGUACAGGACUGGACCCAAGACUGAACCUUGAGGUACACCUGCUCUGACAGGAAAUCUAUCAGAUUUUGAAUUCUGAUAGACAACCUGCAGAGUUCGAUCAGUAAGAUAAUUUUUAAAAAUUUUGAUUAGAAAAAUUGGAAAAUCAAAAGUUUGCAAUUUCGCAAUCAAACCUUUAUGCCAAACACUGUCGAAUGCUUUUUCUAUGUCUAAAAGAGCAGCUCCAGUGGAAUAACCUUCAGAUUUGUUAGCUCGUAUCAUAUUAGUAACUCUGAGCAAUUGAUAUUGACGUCUGUCUUUUUUCAAACGAAUUAGAAGUUGAAGAUUUUCGUCAAUUAUUGAUGAAUCAAAUUUCACUUGAGCCUUUGGAACAGAAUAAUUCCUGGCAUCAACAAUUGCACAUUUUAAUGCUUCCAAAGCGGAAUCAAUAUUCACUUCGUUUUGCAAAUCAAGCUCAUUAUUGAAAUUUCUCUCAAUAUGAGUUUUGUAACUUUCCCAAUUAGCCUUGUUAUAAUUAAAAACAGAGCUCAUAGGGUUUAAAACUGAUUCAUGGGAUAAAGAAAAAGUUAUUGGAAGAUGGUCAGAAUCAAAGUCAGCAUGUGUGAUCAAAUCACUACAUACAUGACUUUGAUCUGUUAGCAACAAAUCAAUUGUUGAAGGGUUCCUUACAGAAGUAAAGGAUGUAGGACUAUUCGGAGACAAAAUAGAAUAGUAUCCUGAAGAACAAUCAUUGAAUAAAAUUUUGCCAUUGGAAUUACUUUGAGAAUUAUUCCAUGAACGAUGUUUAGCGUUAAAAUCGCCGAUUAUGAAAAAUUUCGAACGAUUUCUGGUGAGUUUUUGUAAAUCACCUUUAAAAUAAUUUUUGAGCUCGCGUGUGCAUUGAAAUGGUAAAUAUGCUGCGGCCAUAAAUAAAAUCCCAAGUUCAGUUUGAACUUCAAUUCCCAAAGUUUCAAUAACUUUCGUCUCAAGAUGGGGAAGAGCACGAUGUUUGAUUCGGCGAUGAAUAACAAUUGCAACUCCACCGCCGGAACCCUGAAUCCUAUCAUAUCUAUGAACCACGUAAUUGGGAUCAUAUUUUAAUUUUAUGUUAGGUUUCAAAAAUGUUUCAGUAAUAAUUGCAAUAUGCACAUUAUUUACUGUUAAAAAAUUAAAAAGCUCAUUCUCAUUGGCCUUCAAUGAGCGAGCAUUCCAAUUUAAUAUUUUAAUUGUUUUAUUUAAAAUCAUUGCUAAAUUUUAAAUUAGAAACAAUUUUAAUAGUAAAAUUUGUGCCUAUUUGAAUGGCUUCAAACAUUGAUUUUGCCUGCAACAUGGCGUUCAUAAGAUCGAACAUUGCCUGUUGCAAAAAAGAAAGUUUACCUGCCGUAAUAGGCCCCAGGCAGUUGACAUUAGAAAAAAUAUUUUCGGCAGCAAUAUUAGCUGGAGUAACAGGUGUACAAUUAUUUUCUAGCGUGUUUUGCUUACCCAUAUUAACGGUCAUUUUCGAACUACCAACACUAGGCGGUAUAAUGUUCGAACUACCUGUAACCUGUGCAUAAGUUAAACGGGUAUGCAAAGGAGUAGGUAAACUAUGCGUCACUGGUACGCUUGGAGAAUUUUGUUUUGAAGUUGGUUUUAAUUGAGAAAUUGAAUUUUGUUUACCUUGCCUUGCCUUAACAAUUGCUAAACGGACUGGGCAUUGAUAAAAAUUUGACAUAUGGUUGCCGUUACAAUUCGCACAGCGGAAAUUUUUACUCACUUUCACAGGACAUGUGUCCUUUUUGUGAGAAGAGUCUCCACAAUAAAGACAUUUUUGGUCCAUGUUACAGAAUUUGGAACCAUGGCCAUAACGUUGGCAAGUACGGCAUUGGGUGAUAUGCUUUUCACCUCCGCCAUACUUCCUAUAAAUUUCCCACUUGACACGCACAUUAUACAAAGCAUGUGCUUUUUCAAAAAAUUUUAAGUUGUUAACCUCAUUGCGGUUAAAAUUAAUUAAAUAAUUAACAAGGGAAAUUCCAGUUCUCUGACUGUUUUCGCCUCGUGAUUUUUGUUUCAUUAGAAUUACUUGGGUAGGGGCUAUGCCAAGUAAUUCUGUUAAAGUAAGUUUGAUCUCAUCAACGGUUUGAUCGUUGGUGAGACCUUUCAAGACAACCUUGAACGGCUUGGCGUUCUUGGUGUCAUAUGUAAAAAAUUUGUACAUCUUGUCAGUUAAAUACUGAACAAGACGAUCACGACCCUUUACUGAGUCGGCUAAUAAGCGGCAUUCACCUCUACGGCCAAUUUGAUAGGUAACUUUAACGUCAGAAACAAACGUUGAAAGUUCCUUUUUGAAUAUAUUAAAUUCAGAAGAAAUAGUUACCACAAUAGGUGGAACUUUCUCCUUUUUUAAAGAUUUUAUAUUUUGUAUAGUUUCAUUAGUAAUAACUUCCAUUUCACCAGCUUCUUGCUCAGGCAAAAUAUCAAAAGGAUUGUCACUACAGACACUCGAAGUGUCAGAAAGAGAUGCCUCUCUUUUCCUCCCCGCAGCGAUGCGAGGUUUCUUUUUCCGUCCAGCCAUUUCAGGUGAUACGAAAAAAGUUAAAACAAAUGUUAAAUUCAAAAGUAGGUAGUCCUGAGAAAGACUGAUGGGAAAUAACUUUCAGGUAAUCUUUAAAAGACACACUGACAAAACACAAACUUUGAAGCUAUAGGCAGUCAAAGACCAGUCCACAAGCAACCGAAAAAACGUCUGAUCUGUGGGACAGUUCAAGAAGCACUGAUUCAAACCCGUAUUUUUUCGUAGGGUCGUUAGGCGGACUACCUCUGAAAUAGGGUGACCAUAAAAACGGCUUUAUUCGAGGUAUUUUAUUUUCAAAAAUUCAUAACUGUUGAACCAAUUGAUCGAUUUUCGAUCUUUUAAGAUCAAAUUAAAGGUAAAACCUCUAGUUUCAAGAAAAAAUACAAAAAAAAAUAUAAACCUUUGUGAUUGCAUAUGCAAUAAUAUGAAAAUAUUGACAUUUUUGUCACAUUUUUAAAUUAAAUUUACUCAGAUUUAAAAAAUAAAAUAUUUUUAAAAAUUUCUCCAUUUAUAGAGUCAAAUGUGCUCUUUAAAUUGAAACCAAAAGAUUUUUUUUUUGUUUGCCGUAAAAGAAAUGGCAAGCCAAAGAAAAACGCAUAUUUUUUUAAGAAAAACAUUAAUAACUUUGAGUAGAAUUGAGAUAUUCACGAUGUAAGCAUUGAAAACUGUUUAUCUUAAAAAGCCCUAAAAGUCGUUUGAAAACAGUUUCAAGAUAAAAAUUAAAAAGUUAGAGCGCAAAAUGUGUGUUUUCAAUAUAAAUUGAAAUUGUUUUCAAAGAUAGAGAUAAACUUUUUUCACCGAGUUACUUAAAGUUAACGGAGCUAUAACAUUGUAGAGCAUUUUUUAUUGUAUAUUCAAAGAUAAGAAAGUUAGAUACUUAAAUUCAUCAAAAAUUUUGGUUACCCUAAUUUUUGAUAAUUUUACUAUAAGAGCUUUAACAUAUGUAACAACUUUGUAGAAGAAAGUUUUUCUCUAAAAAUUGCUAUAGAGCCCUAGACCAAUGAACAAUGGCCCAGAAAUCAAAUUUAGGGGGAAAUUUGAGUCUAGAGCUCUAUAGCAACAUUUUAAAGAAAAACUUUCUUUUACAUAGUUGUUACAUAUGAUAAAGCGCUUAUUGGAAAAUUAUCAAAAAUUAUUGUGACCAACAUUUUCGAUGCAAUCAAGUGUCUAACUUUUUUAUCUUAGUAGAUAGAAGAAAAAUUUGUUCUACAAUGUUAUAGCUCCAUUAAUUUUAAGUAACUUUGUAAAAAAAAGUUUUUCUCUAUCUUUGAAAAAAAACACAUUUUACCCUCUAACUUUUUUAUUUCAAGAUUCAUCUCAAAACUGUCUUUGAACGACUUUUAGAGCUUUUUAAGAGAAAUUUUUUCGCAAUGCUGACAUCGUAAAUAUCUCAAUUUUACUCAAAGUUACUAAUAUUCUUUAUCAAAAUAUAUUUCAAAAAUAGAGAAAAACUUUUUUACAAAGUUACUUAAAAUUAAUGGAGCUAUAAUAUUGUAGAACAAAUUUUUCUUCUAUCUUCAAAGAUAAAAAAGUUAGAUAUUUGAAUGCAUCGAAAAUGUUGGUCACCCUAAUUUUUGAUAUUUUUUCAAUAAGCGCUUUACCAUAUGUAACAACUUUGUAGAAGAAAGUUUUUCUCUAAAAUGUUGCUAUAGACCCUAGACCCAAAUUUCCCCCUAAAUUUGGUUUCUGGACCAUUGUGUAUUGUGCAAUAGUAAAGUAUUUGACGUUUUCCCAAAAAAAUAUUUGCCCGUCAUGGUUGUUGUUUGCCCGUGUUUGCCCCAUGUUAAAAUUGGAGAGUGACAAACAAUUAUCUUUCACCAAAUUUUUAUCUGUCAAAAAGUGACAAAUACUUGACGCUUGGGCUUGAACAAAAAGUGUAUUAGAGCCUUAUCUGUCAAAAAGUGAUGAAUAUUUGACGCAUGGUCGCAUGGUACAAGCCCAACACUCAUCACAGCAAACAGAGAACAGAAGGCGCAAUCUUCUGUUAAGCAACUAUGUAAGAAAGAAACGAAUUUGUGUUCUUUUCUCUUUUUUUUUUGAAAUCGUUCAAAUAUAGGCAAUCAAGAUGACGGUUCGACUGGCGCUACAGUAAAAAUUAUGCUGAUGAUUUGCAGGCAGCAUUUUACCUAUCAAGAUUUUUUUUUUUGCGUUGCUGGAAAAUUUAAAUAUGUGUAUGGACAGUAGGUUUAAAGUGAAAAUUGAAAUGCAAUCCCAUCACACUAUAUACCUACCAGAUGCUGUAAGAACAUAACCUCAUAUCGAAAACAAAACCGGAUGUCAUAUUUUUCGUAUUUCUUGUGUAUCUUCUUGGCAGUAAUCAGUCUACUAGAUGCUAUAAAAAAGUCGUUUUAGUUUUGUGUUAAAUCGCUAAUUGUUUUCAAGAGAACACUUGGACGAAGCGACGAUGAGUUUAACAGUGUAAAAUUAUUUUCUAAAGUGACCCUCAGACCGCCCCCUUCCCUUUUCCACAAAGAUAUCGGUUAAAUUUUUGUGCAUAUUGAAUCACAAAUGAGAACUAGAUUAUCAAAUGACUGUUCUGAUGAGAGAAGUUUUUUUCUUCAAAUUGCGACAUAUUGGCUAUUAUUCCUGAACAUGUUAAGAAGGUACUCAAGGCAAAGUUUGCACCGUUUUAAAGUCCCCUCGCUCCCUUAUCUUCAGCUUCUUAUAACAUUUCUGAACAGUCUCAAACGUCAAUCUUGUCAUGAACGAUAAAUAUGCAGAAUAAACAUUUCUGGUGGCUUUCAAGUCUAGCUGUGACACACAAAAAGUAAGAAAGAAAACUAUCGGUUUCUGUCCGUUUAUGCUAAAUUUAUGUAAACGUAAUUUUUAUUAUAUAGGUACCACUGCUAUUGGUAAGAAAUUAGAGAAAACCCGGUGGGACACAGCAUGAUUUCGAAAAGGUACAGGGUUAUUUAAGAUCAACUUCUGUUUAAAGAGUUGAAUAAAUUUAUUCGUUGAUAAACUGAAGUAGAAACAGUAAUCGUUGUUAUAGAGCUUCUAAGAAAAAAAAGGUAAACGUAGGCGCUUAUCAGAAAUUAAUUCUAUAACGUUCGUAUAAAAAUCAAAACUAUUUGUAAUAUUUACAUCUUAAACAGAAACAGACCGAGACUUAAACUAUGAGUCCAACUGUUGUAGGAAUAACUCAACCGCAGUGAAGUACCGUAGACAAGUUCAAACGUCGAUGACCCAACGCGUCUGUAAUUUGUCUACAGCAGCCUACACUGCAAGAGUAAAAUGUCCUAUGAGUUGCUGAUGACCAACUGAAGAUUCUAAAUGCAAUUAAAAUCAUUGAUGUGUGUAGAACUUUGAAACUCCUACAGGAAAAAAAAGGAAUGUACUCGUUUUUUUAUUAUAUCUAGAUCAUUAUUGUGAUGCUUUGAACACGAACGAGAGAAAAAAAAAAUAUAACGUUAAGCCACUUUGAGUCGAAGUUGGAAAUUUUCCCAAUAUAUGAAUAGCAGCAUUUUAAUUUUAUUAUCAAUAAUUGUCGGAUUGACAUAUAACAGCGCGUGCAUUAAUAAAAAUACUACCAUUGUUUUUUGCAUAUUGACCGUAAGAAUAAAAAAGAAUUAUAGUUUGCUUCUUUAAUUGAUACAACGUAAUGUAGUUAAAGGAAAAAUGUCAAUUUUACUUUACCACUACUACUACUGCUAACUGCCCAGUUACAUUGAUAGAUGUAAUUAAUCUUGAUAUGUUUCCAUAAUUUGUACAGUUGUAAUAAUAUAAAACCAUAUCAAGAUAUCUUAAAAACAAAACCGUUGUAACGAAACAUGAUACAAGCUAAUCAUGCAAUAUAAUUGAUUCUAUAGAGAAGGUUGAAUUCGGUCAAUUCGUGUUUUAUUUCAAGGUUUUUAGCAGUCACACAGGAAACGGCAACAAUAAGUUGGUACAGAUAUAGGCUCCUUUUUGUUGGUUACGAAAAUUGUGAUAGAAGGUUAAGGAAUAUGCAUAAGCGAGUAAACGAAACAUGUUAAUAUAAGCAACUAUUACAAAGCCGACUUCGUCGAUCCUCGAGAGUGUAUAGCUGUAACUGAAUGAAAUCGGUUAAUAUAAAGAAACAGAAUA